AUCUUUCCAAACAACACUUCUGGGGCUGCUUCUGUCUCAGUGAAAGUCUUAUCGGUUAGCUAGCGGUUAGCAAGCUCCGGCUUCAUAAAUAACUAAUCAAAUGAUAGUACAGUUAGGGUUGACCUCACUCUUGAACUGACACUUUUAUGCUACAAAAUGGAAUACCUGCUUCAGGUGAAAAUAGGCGCUCUGAUCGGUUUAUUGCUCUUAACUCUUCUUUUUGGAUUUAUCCCUGCUCGAGUCAAAUGGUUCAGAGACACAAACGGGUCAGAAAUCCACCGCACAGUUCUGAGUCUGAUCAGCUGUUUUGCCGGAGGGGUUUUCCUGGCAGCAUGUCUGCUCGACAUUAUUCCAGAUUAUCUGUCAGACAUCAACGCAGAGCUGCAAGCUCAGAAGGUGGAGAUCAGUUUCCCCUUGCCAGAGUUCAUCAUGGCUGCCGGCUUCUUCAUGGUCCUCAUACUGGAGAGGAUUGUCCUGAACUGUCGGGAGACGAGAGGGGCUCAGGAGGAGAGGGCACCCCUUAUACCGGACACCAACAGGCAUGGACACGGCCAUGGAACAGGUCCAGAUCUGGAGAGCAGCGGCCACCACGUCCACGUUGACUUUCAGGCUCACUCCCCCUUUCGCUCCUUCAUGCUUUUCCUCUCUCUCUCGCUCCACUCGGUUUUUGAGGGUCUUGCUAUCGGCCUGCAGAGCACGGACUCAAAGGUAUUAGAGAUCUGCAUCGCUAUACUUGUCCACAAGAGCAUCAUAGUGUUCAGCCUGUCUGUGAAGCUGGUCCAGAGCGCAGUUCGUCCAUUAUGGGUGGCUGCUUACAUCGGAGUGUUCGCCAUGAUGUCGCCUAUAGGAAUCGGCAUUGGCAUCAGCGUGACGGAGGCUCAUCUAGCGGCUGGAGCACUCAUCCAGGCCAUCCUGGAGGGGCUUGCCGCAGGGACGUUUAUUUACAUCACCUUUCUAGAGAUCCUCCCACAUGAGCUCAACUCCCCCGGGAAGCAGCUUCUCAAGGUGCUCUUCAUCCUGCUGGGCUUCAGCGUCAUGGCAUCGCUGACGUUUCUGGGCUGAGACUGGGAACAGACUGUAUUUCAGCUGUCAGUAUGUGACCUGGACACUUUGUGGCAACUUCUGCAGCUCACACUAACGUGUAUACAAACUAUCUUUAUUUGAAAAGAAGACGUAGGUUUACAACCGCCCACCUCUGGAGUUUUUAAUGCCUAUGGAGCAACAGAUGUUGGUGUUUUAUUUCUUACAAUAUACUUUUAAAACCAUUUUUGUAUAUAUAAUUUCUUUUUAAGAGGAUUUUAUGUAAAGAGGAACCGUUUACUGCAAUGAUAAGUUUGUCGAAUGACAGUGGAAAUAAGUGGCACAUCACUGAGUCCCCUUAUUUGUCACUGGCCUUGUUUUUCAAACAUGCUUUGGACCUGCAAACAGAGCAUCUGACCUUUGACACUGUUGAGGAAAUCACUGAAAACAAAGGGCAAUGUUGUAUGUAAAUCAUACCUUGUAAUUAAUUAAAUCACGCCAGUAUAUCAGUACCACCAGAUCUUUAGAUGUAGUUUGCCACAUCAGGCUGCUUUCACUUGGAAUUGCAAACAUACUGGAAUAUCAACAUGUUCAUAUUUUUCCAGUAAACUAGCGUAUAUGUAAACUGACUUCCUGAUGCCUUGAGAAUCUGUAUGCCAAAAUACUGUUUGCACUUUAAGGCUAAAAUGUAAUCGGCUUUUAACAACACACUAUUUAAAAAGUAUGAUCCCUAUUAUUUACAUUAUGUUGACUCACUUAAGUCCAUUCCGUUUUGCCACUCUGCUGCCUGCUUUAUUAACUUUCUCAAUGUAGAGUGCUUUUAGUUCUCUAUUUUGAUUGGACAAAAUUAAGCUUUAUCAGCACAAAGAGAAGUGCAAGAUUAAGAAUGAAUUCUGCAAACGGAUACGUAUGGUAUUUCACUAGCGCGCAUGCUUGUAUUUGUCUCAAGAACUCAAACCAAGCAGGACACCACACUACAGCACAUUGGCCACAUUAUUUCAAUGUUAGUAGAGUUAGUGAAAAACAACAUAUUUUAAAAACAGUGUAGCACACGGACUCCAGCAUGUUUCUGCCUUCCGCCUGCUUACACUCAAAGUCCAAUUAUUGUAAACUGUCUAUUUUUUUUGUCACACUUCCUUUUUUAGUCAUGGGAUAGUCAGAUGGUAGAACAAAGCAGGAAGUUGGAAGCUUUGUAUUGGUUUAUCCUUAUACAGCAAAAAAAGAAGUUGUGUAAGUACGAUCAAAUGUGCCAAGUCUCAAAUUUACUUUUUUUUCCCCCUCCAUUCAAAGACAUCUGAUCAAGACUAAUGAAACUGUUCCCCAAAGGGAAAACUACUCCUUGUUAAUGUGAUUUUGUGUAAAAAUAACUUGUUUGUACGGUUCAAAAACAUCAACUGUCUUUUUGUAAGCACACCUACAUUAUUUUGUGCCUUAUGAUUGUUAAUCUCAUGAAAAACUAUUUUGAUGUCUGUUGUGUAAAAAUUGAUCAAAGUAAAGAUAAAAGAGGAAUUGUCUGCA